AUGUCUUCGUCCCCGCCAUCACCACCACCAUCACCACCAUCCAUCACCGCCGGCCGCAUCUGCCUCAGCCUCAUGGCCCUCUUCACCAGCACGGCCUGCUACGUGGCCGACUGGAACGAGACGCACGUCAAGAACCCGCGCUGGCCGCCGCACGCGCGCUUCCACAACGGCCAGACCAUGUCUAUGGGCCUGUGUCUGGGCGCGCUCACCGCGUACUUUGCCUGGAGACCGGUGCUGGCCCCCGCCGCAUCCUCAGCGCCGAAAAAACAACAACAACAACAACAACGGGGGGAGAUCGGGGCAGGGCAGGUUGCGGACAGUAAGAGUAACAAGAGUGACAGUGACAGUGAUAGUGGUGCCGCAGGAAGAGACAACGAACGAGGAAUCGGCGAGAAGGAGAGCAUCACCAUCGCCGCCGUGCUGGGCUCGCUCUACUGGGUCACCGGCCUCAGCGGCAUUCUCUACCCGGGCACGAAAUGGACCGACCCGGAGUUCGGCGAGGGCGCGCCGCAGGCCCCCAUCUUCGUCGCGUCGGCCGUCCUGGUUUGGUGUGGGUGGUGGUUGGAGAUGAGGAGGCUGGCGAAGACGAAGCGGGCAUAG